ACCAAGUGACCAACUAAUAUAAAUAUCCGCCGACUUUUCGAAAAUGUCACGCAUUCUUCCUUCCCUUCUUUUCUACGCAAAAUUUUCAACUUUAGACUUACCAAACUUACAUAAUUAAACUUCAAAAAAGUCCUUGUUCAUGACAUAGACACAGAAAUGGCGAAUGGUGUUAAUGGCUUCAAUGGCGGCGACUCAUGGAAGGCUCAUGGAGCUAUGGUUCUAGUUCAGCUGUUCAAUGGAGGCUAUCAUGUUAUUACUAAACUCGCUCUCAACGAUGGCGUCAAUCAGAUCGUUUUCUGCGUUUUCCGUGACCUUCUCGCUCUUUCCAUCCUCGCUCCUCUCGCUUAUUUUCGCGAAAAGCAAGUUCGUCCUCCAAUCACAAAAAGUCUUCUCAUCACAUUUUUCUUCCUUGGAUUGACCGGGAUAUUUGGAAACCAACUUUUGUUCCUUUUUGGUCUGAGCUACACAAAUCCAACAUAUGCUGCAGCUAUUCAACCUUCAAUUCCAGUUUUUACUUUUCUCCUGGCUGCAAUGAUGGGCACAGAAACAGUGAACUUGUUGAAAAUUGAAGGGCAACUGAAGGUCGCAGGCACACUUUCUUGUGUUUCUGGUGCUGUUUUGAUGGUUUUAUGGAAAGGACCAUCAAUAUUUGGAGAUAAAGAAACAAUAAGAUUUCAUGGUGAAAUCAGUGCCAAAGGACAACCAGAACCAGUUGGAUGGUUUGCUGCUAAAUUUAUGGAAUUUGGGUUUGAGACUUUCCACCUUGGUGUACUAUGUCUUUUUGGAAACUGUAUGUGCAUGGCCACUUAUCUUGCAAUUCAGGCCCCGCUGCUAAAGAGGUAUCCAGCGAGCCUAUCGGUGACAGCAUAUUCAUAUUUUUUUGGUGCUCUUCUUAUGGUUACGAGUGCGCUGGUUAUGACCAAUGAUUCAACAGGUUGGGGACUGAACCAGGCUGAACUUCUUGCUAUUAUUUACGCUGGAAUUGUUGCAUCUGCCCUCAACUAUGGACUUAUCACAUGGUCCAAUAAAAUACUGGGACCUGCAUUGGUUGCUCUGUACAAUCCACUUCAGCCUGCAGCAUCUGCCUUCCUGUCACUGCUCUUUCUAGGAAGCCCCAUAUACUUGGGAAGCGUUUUGGGAGGCUCUUUAAUUAUUGCCGGCUUGUACUUGGUCACCUGGGCAAUCUUUAAAGAAAAGCAAACAGCUAUAGGGUUAUCUUCUGAAGCUCUCAUUCACAAAGAUCCUUCUCUCAGCAAGAUGCACCAGCAUGGGCUGAUUUUUCCUGGAACAUCAUCUUCAAUAAACAAGGUUUUGGAUUAGAUGAAAAUUUGCUCAUUCUGAUGUGAAGUACAAGCUAACAAAGGAGUGUGUUUCAGGUGAAUAACAAUACAGAUCCAGAUUUACAACUGCAGGCAUAAUUGUUCCAAUAGAAUGUAUUGUCAUUUCCCUGGAACUCUUUGAGAACAUCCAUGGCUUACGUCUCCGGUGGAGUACUGGCAGCAUUGUGGAAACUGUGUAUAUCAUAUCGAAGAGACUCCAUACCGGUGGACAUACCUAUGUGAGGCACGGAGGCAUCAAGGUUUUACUUUUACUGUAUUUUUGUUUAAAACCAUAUUUGAACUCAUACGAUACAGAUACACACAUACAAUAUAAUUUUUCCAUCCUUUAUUUUUCCUUAUUUUUUAUUUUAAUCCGUUUAAUAAAUUUGUUUCACUAUAAAAAUACAAAUGGUCACUCAACUAACAACUCAAAAAAAAAAACUAAUAUCAAACCACCUCUCCACAUCACCACCCAAAUACCAAAUUAAAAGUACCACACUAUUCUCAAUACUUGACUAAUGCAAUGGGUUAGGGACCUGUUGCUUGUUGGAGACAUGGAUUUAACCCUUAAAUUUGUGGCAGUAGUAAAGGUUGAAUCUUGAACUAUUAAAAAAUAAUCAUUUUCGUCAUCAUCGAAUUUAGUAUAUUGCACUUAUAGAAACUAUGCUCAGGCUCUGGGGAGGGAUGGAAGAUGACAACUAAUGCCCAUAAAAGAUAGUGCGGUUAAAAAGUCCUUCGACUCUUAACAUAUGCCCAUAUUGUGAGAUUCAUACAAUGAGAGAGAGUAGGUGAGAGUAGACCUGCAAGCCUGCAUUUAAAUUUGUGAUAUAAAAUAUUUUUAAAAUUUGUGGGUAUGUCACGAGCAAAUAUAAAGUAAAUUUAUUCAAGCCUGAAUGAUUGUAUUCGGAAUUAACCUUUCCGAUAUAUUGAACGAUGUUGCAGAAAUUUUCGGUGACCAACCAACUAAAUUUUCCAUCUUUAUUAAAUGCACAAAAGGGCCAAAAACAUUUAUGCUUAGCUCAACUUAACUCUAGUUAAUAAAGUGAAUCUAUUACUCCAAUGUUACAUAUUCAUUGACAUACAAUUUGCUGCAUAUUAUAAAUUUAUUGACCAAACCAACUAAAUUUUUCGAGAAUAUCAUCAAUCAUCAAUCUAUAUUUUAUUGCACCACCUAAGUGAGUCAUCAU